CAACGAAGAAGAAACAGGAGUCGCGGAGAGGCGAAGAAGAGCCGUUAGAGUUGAUUUGGGAUCAGUGACGAAGCUCGCCUGCAGUGUUUAUAAACAGGGAAUAGUGAGCACUCUCUGACCCCAGAUCAGUUUAAACAAGACUGUUAUGGUUUACAAGAGGGAGUGAGAUUCACGCGCACGUGGAAAGUUUGGCUGGCUCGUUUAUUAUGAAACACAAAAUAAGCAUGUUUUAAAAACAAGUGUAGACAUCAUAGAGAGCCCCCCCCCCCCCCCCCCCCCCCCCCAUCCCCCAUCCAAUUUGCUGUUGUGUGGGAACUGAGACCAGUUUGUAAAGUGGCUAAGAAAAAGUCAACGUCCACUGCUGUGGCAGGAGGAGGUGAGAAAAAUACUCCAUCAUCAUCCUCCUCAGCAGCAGUGAUGAAGAAGAAGAAGAAGAAGAAGAAGAACAAACAAGGAAGACUGAUAAAAUGCAACAUCUGUCUGCACCAGUACACAUCCCAGAACCUGGAUAAACACAUGCACGGCCGCUCACACCAUGAGGCGAUCGAGAGGCUUAAAGGCGGGGAGCAGAUGCACAAGUGUUGGGCGUGUGAUGUGUCCGUGCCGGGCUUGGAGCGGUUCAGGAAACACAUUGAAACCGUAGCGCACAAGCACAAGCUGCUUUCCCUGAAGAAGCGCAGACAGAGCGGCUUUACCGUGGAUUACAGUAACGACGAGCUGAAUGCGCUCUGUGCUCAGAGAGAUCGGAACCGCUCCAUGUUAAAACAGCAGAAGAAUAAAGAGAAGCUGAAAAAGCUGAAAGAAAGAAUGGCAGCGAAUUUCCAGGAAGCGUUUAAUUGGAAGUCACGGAUGAAAGAUCAGGACUGGAGGACACUGGGUAAAGGUUUCGGCCCACCGGGAUCACGAUCCAGGUGGAGUGACGAUAAAAGUGUCGCGUAUCCAGUUAAUAAUGAAAAUAAACAGGGAAGGAUAAACGCAGAACCUGGUCUCGGGUCUAUAAGCAACAGAAGAGCCCAGACUAUAGGUUGGAACGAUUUUUGUUUUCAGACAUCAAAGCCCAUCACAUGGCCCCUGAAGAAAGAUGUGGGCUUCAGAAGUGAUCCGAUAGCUCAGUGCAGGAAGGAGGAAGGUGAAUCACGGCAAAGCCAGUGCACAUCCAGAGAGCAGGGUAAAGACGUGCUGGGUCAGAAGAGAUCACGUGAUGCACACACCUCUGAUUCUGCAUCCGUGAAGAAGCAAUGUUUAAGAGAUGUUCCAUCCGUGAAGCCUAGAUUAACUCCGUCUGUUUGUGGUGAAAAAGUGGACAGCGUGCGUACGAGUCAGUCCGCAUCCGCUCCUGCACCGCUCUGUGCUCCAGAGCCGGUCCAGAGUCAAAUGGAGCACUUGUGUGUAAUGCUGAACAACAUCCGGCAGUCUCUGGACGAGGAGCGUCUGCCUGUCGGUUCUUCACAGCAUCCCGAUCCCGAGCUCAGACCUGCGACCGGCGACGGAUUAAAGCGAACCGAGGACGGAAGAGAAACGCCGCUUCCAGACGGUCCGCAGUUCGUUGAAGCGGGCGAGACCAAGACAGAGUCAUCUCCACGCAAACAGGUGAACAGCCUUCCAGCAUCCGGUGCUGACCCGCAGGAGAAACCAGAAGCUACCCACACCAGGAACGUCCUCCCGACAUUGUUGAGUCGAUCGGUCAGCAAAACGGAAGCCAACAAACCCAACCUGAAAGUGGCCCGGGGAAUCCGCACGUCCCAGAAGCCGAGUCAGGCCGCCGAGUCACGUGUGCUGAAGCCGGCGCUGCAGAAGCUCAUCAGCUCGAAGAGCUCGCAGUGGCGUAUCAACUGGGAGGAGAUUUAUCAGGAAGCGACACGCAGGAAACUGCAGAGAGAGAAGGGCAUGCCCAGGUUUGGGAUUGAGCUCGUGUCUCCGGUACCUCCUGACCCACAAGGACUCGUGGCUGAAGAUCUUGCGCACUUGGAGUUAGACGAAGGCUUCCAGUGGGCGUCCGUCGAGUGCGGUGCUGUAACUCUACCUCGCUCGGUCAGUCCGUCGAGCAAAGACGCCUGCGGUUUCCCUCCGGCCGAGGCCUAUCCCGCCGAGAGACGCGACCACGGAGAGGCCACGGAAACCACAAAUCACACUUCAUGGCCAGUGGAACGGGAAAGAAGAGAUGUCGGAGAGAAUCGCAGCACCUCAGGGAUCAGCAGAUCAGCAGAGUUUGAUACAGAUCGGCUGGAAAUCCGUGAUCUUAAUGACGAUAAUACAUCAGACAACCGAGCUUUAGGAAGACGACAAAACUUAACACCACUAGACAGUCUGGCUUGUGUAAAGACGGAGAAAUCGGAUAAUUAUUGCACAGAGCAGGACAAACCUGACCACGACAGAAUCCAGUCCAUCCCUGAUACGCAAAUAAAACAGGAAAAGCAGGAUUUUCCUAACGCAACAACACACAUCAAAAAUCCUCCGAAAAGUCAGGUAAGCGAACUGUUAGUCAUGUCUCUGAGAGAGGACGAGUUGUGCAGCUCUCUGGAGGACGUGGACGGUCGACUGCUCCGGGCUCAAGCUGCCCUACAGUCUGCCUUCCUGGAAGUUCAGCACCUUCAGAUGAUCAAACAGCAGGUAACUGCAGAGAUGUCCUCCCUCAGAAGUAAACGUAUAGGCAUCCUGCAGAGAAUAAAAAAUUCCGGACUGGACCGAACAUCCGCUGCGGGUUCUCUCGGUUCUGCUGUCCGGACCCCGCGGAGAGCUGCAGGUCCGUCGAGGCAGCACCAGGACGCGGCGCCGGAUCGCUCGUGUCAUACCGACGGAGACGAUCAGAGACGCACUGAUUUAGCUCCAGUCUCCGAGUCAAGAAAGACACACGGCGAGCCCCCCAAAAGCACCGUUACACACACUCGUCAGCUCGGCGCUCAGGCGCGGCCGAAUACCAGCCUGUGAUCGUCGCUCGGUUGCGUGUGUCGACGCGACUGCAAAUCUCCGCUGCUGUAUUGUAAAAAAUAAAUAAAUGUCAGAGUGACUGGAAGGAUGAGCUCGAUCCUGUUAGAAGUCUUCCGUGCGUAUGGAGGACGUUUCUGAAGAGCAUUAUUGGCUGUGUGCUUUAAAAGGGCUUUUUUUCCCGAUCAUAUUUUUCUAAACGGCGCACUGAAGUGUUCUUUUUGCGCCAAUGUUAUGUGGGGUUUUUUUCCACCCGUUAACCUCCUUAACAAUCCUCAUCUUUCACCUCCAUUUUUGUUUUUCUCGCUCGCCGUCACUUGGCGCUAAAAUUUUUUUAAAAAAUACUGUACCGUUAACAGGCUAUUCAUAUUAAAGUCCAUCAUCGACAUGCACUUUAGCUACAUGAAAAUAAUAGUGUUUAUUUUGCACUUCUGUUUACAUCACUGUGUUUUUGUGCCUUCUCUCUUUAUAUGACGCAGUGGUAUUUCAUUUUUUUCAAGUUGCACUCAUCAUUUAGAUGACUGUCGCUUAGAUUUGUUGUUUGAAACAUUACAGAAGAACAAUGUAUUUAUUUUCCCUCAGGAUUAGGCCUGAACUGUUUCUGUGAGAAUUUAGCUAAAUGUUCAUUUUAAUAGUUAUCUAAAAUGAAAGAAUUGAUUUACUUUAUAAGUUUUCGGAAUUGUUAACUUUUCAAUGAACAGUUUAAUUUCCUGGUUCUUCUCUCUCUCUCUCUCUCUCUCUCUCUCUCUCGUUUGAAUAUUUUGUUUUUAUCUUGUUCAAAUGAAGUAGUUUGCAGGAAGUAAGUGGUAACUGAGUCUCUUUUUUUCUCUGUCUCUCUCUCUCGCUCUCGUCUUAUUCUGUUUGUUCUAUGCCGUGACGCCUACAUGUCCGUCUUUUGUUUACAACAAUCUAGACCAGGGGUUCCCAAACUUUUCCAGGGUAAGGCCCCCCUAACGCCAUUAACAUUUGACCGAGGCCCCCCUUUUGCAAGAUGUCUUUUAAACGCAUUAAAAAUACAGACUUCUGAAUAUAUCCCCCUUUUUUAAUUAAAAUUAAUCAUUACAUCUUACAUCUUUACAUUACAUUACAUAAGGAAUUGAUUGUGUGUGUGUAUGUGGUUGUCUGAGAGUGAGAAUUUAUUUUUCACACCAAAUUGUUGAGGCCCCCCAGGCGCCCCCUGGCGGCCCCCACUUUGAAAACCACUGAUCUAGCCAGCUUAA